CCGAACGCCGAACGGUUAUCGAUCGCCACGACCGCGCUCCGGUUGAGAUAUAUUCAUUACGAUGUUAUAAAAUAUUAUUUAUAAUAAUGUAAAAACCGUCGUAUAAUAAUAUUAUUCAAACGCGACACCGUUUCAACGCGCACCCGGAACGGCGUCCCGGCCGUGACGUACCGUACCGCCGCGGCUCCGGUCGUUUUUUAUUUUUUUUUUAUUAAAUUUCCACCGUCGUUUGGAUACAUACGGCGGCACGAUACCGGCACGUGUGACCACCGCCCGUCUUCGGGAUGCCAGGUCUGCCGCCGACGCGUCGCGAUCUCGGCGAGAGGUCGGCCCGCGAACCCGCGGCACAUUGAGCCGUCUGGCGGGCGAUGCGCGAAAGACGCAUCGCCGUCGCCAAGACAAUCAGCCGCACAUCGCAGAGACGCCGACGACGAAGACGGUGGCUAGAGCCGCCGCGGGCGAGACGGCGACGACGACUGACUUCGAUCGCGUACGCUCACAGACUUCGUUGCAAUCAUCAUCAUCAUCAUCAUCAUCAUCUUCAUCGUCAUCAUCAUCAUAUUAACCUUCACGAUUUCCACCGCCGUCCGUUAUUUUAAAAAAUAAAAUACGCGACCAUGGAAAACAAUCCGUUGAAUUGGAACGACUUGACCGCCGCGGCCAACGAUCUGUCCGUCCCUAUAAACCUACAAAAUUUCUUCUGGGGUUUGACCAGUGCAUUUAUUCGACCUAAAGUUGGUAAAUUACAUGAAAAUUCGUGUUUGUUUUGUCAACAUACUGCUGGACAUCACGAAAUGAAAGAAGCAUGCAAGACUUUUGAACGGCUAUUAGUACUAGACUCUCAAAUUGAUUUGCCACAAAAACUUAAAGACGAGAUUAAAUUAUUACCCAGAUGGAAUAUUAUUCAAGCUUCAUUCCCACACAUAAUUCAUUCUACAGCAGCUAUUCUCCAAAACAGAAAAGGAACAAAUAUACAAUACAUUGGUUCCGUAGAGUCAAAAUUGUUACUUAUUUUGCAUUGGAUAAUUCAAGAUGCACCUGAUGAAUGUGCGGAUUCUGAUUAUGAAAAAGGGACGUUUCAAACUUUACCACAUUAUUACCUCUUUAAUAUUCCUACUAUGACAUUAUUCAUUUAUUUGAUUGCGCCGCUAAUAAAUCAAGUUAAAGAAUCAGAUUUGAUAACUAAUGGGUUAGAAAGUGGAUUGAAAAUGUGGCAAGCGUUUUGGGACAAUCGCACACCUAACAUUGCAUGUUUUUCAGCACAUUGUAAGCCAAAACCUAAAUCUUUAUGGUAUAAUCUUAAACGACUGUCACAAGAAAAAUUAAAGAAUCAAGAAUACAAUGGUCGUACAAUAUCAGCAUCUGUUAGCUCACCUCAUAAUAUAAACCAUAACGAGUAUUGUCAAAGUAAAUCACUAGAUGAUGAGAUAUGGAUAACAUCACCAAAAGAUAAGUGUUUCCCAGAAACUAUACCUGAAGAAAGUUCAAGUACGGAAGAUGAACAAGUCGUGAUUUUUCACAUACCUCCAUACGAAGAAUAUAUCAAUGAUGCAGACAAUUUACAGGAUAACUAUCAGGGUAAACCAAGUAUAUUUCAACUGCCAGUUGGCAAGUCAGAUUCAAUUUAUACUUAUGAAGAUUUGGCGGGAAUAACUUUACCCGAAAUGAAGCAAUUGCAAAAUAAGAUGAGAAUAGGAAAUUCAAAAAAAAAAGUCACAGGUUCAAGUAGUUAUAAAAGUUCAAGUUUCUUAACAGAAGAAUCUGUUUCUAUUGACUUGAAUGCUGCCACGUUUUUGGAUGUUGCAGUAUUAAGAUGUUUAUUUGUUCCUCAGUGGUGCGAAGAAGGUGUUUACUGGUCACUUCAAUUUUUAUACCAUAGAUUACAGAGUAUUAAUGAAAAAAUUAAAAUUAAACAAGAACCUCGAAGACGCAGUAAUUCAUUGCCAAUACCUAAAAUUGAGGUAUCAUUUCAUCAUGAACCGGAUUUUCCAGGAAGAAUCGUAAAACCAAAUUAUUCGAAUACAUUUGAUGCAGGUGAUAAUUCCUCUGAAAUGAUCAAAGAUAGAAAAAGAACAUUUCUUGAUGAUCGAGAUGUAAUGAACCUUCAUUCAAGGAAUGCCAGUGAACGAAUAAAGAAAAAGAAAAAAAUCGUAGACUUAAAAGCAUUUGCAGUGGGACGUAAACUUUUGUCAAAAUCAGAAAAAAAUUUACAAAAAAUAGAUUAUAUAAAUGACGUGAUGAUGCUAGAGCCAUGUCAUGAUGCCUACGUAAAUGAAGAAUUACCAAACCCUUUAAUAAAAAAACUAGAGAAUUUAUUUCAAAACAAUAAAACUGGGUUUCUUAAUAGAGGAAAGAGUCUUCCAAGUCUUAGAGUUAAUGAUAUAAAAAAUGUUAAAAAUUUCCUAAAUCCAAUUAUUACUAUAACAGAACACUCUGGUAUAACUUCUCCAGAUAUAAAUUUCUACAAGGCAAAAUUUUCUGAUGAGUUUUCAUUUGACAACGUAUUUCUACAAGGACAAAAACUAUCCAAAGAAUUUCGACAGUCGAAUUUAACGAGAUCUCAAACUGAUUCGAAUAUAACAUAUAUUAGCGAAGAAGUAGUAGAAGUUCCAGGCUCAUUAAAUUACAUUACAAAAGAUGGAGAUGUUGAUUUUGCAGUUGUAUUAAGGGCUAUCCAUUUUUCAGUAUAUCAAGUUAACACUUGUAAAACAUUUAGAAUAUGUGAAGUUGUUACUAAUUUACUCGAAUUACUAUUGGACUUGGGAAUAUUAAAUCAAUCAUGGCAUGAAGAUGUUUCUAAAGUUUCUAAUACUAGCUUGCAUAAUAUUAGUCCAGAAUACUUGGCGCAUUUUUUGUAUAAUAAACCAAUGUCAGCACAUGCACUUGCCAUGAGCUCUAUUAUAAAGAUAAUACAAAAUUUGGGAUGUCCCCAUAGUUGUGGAGAAGGGCAUAGAGGACCUCCUGCAAAUUUUGUUCGAACUCAAUGUCAAUGUCUACUAAAUCGACUAAAGCAAUAUGAUAAACGACAAUUUUCAAACUAUUUAAGACAUUUUGUUAAAAAUAACUCACUUACUUCUAUAAUUAAUUUUAUUCAUUCAUACAUUGGAUUCUGUACUGAACCAAUGCAAAUUAUUUCACCCAUGUAUAACAAAAGGAAAUCUCUUGAUACGAUAUCUCAGAUGAGUGGAUCUCCAUCAGGAUAUGGACCAUCGAUAUGUAGUAAAGGGAAUGAAUAUCACGUAAUAAGUGUUAUAUUUAGAAGUCUGGUUACUAGAAUUGUUAUAUCAUAUAAAGAACUAAAACAUACUGAAAAUACUGAUAUUUAUAAUACUCUACGGUUUUUAAUUGGUUAUGUCAAAGACACUCAUUCAUCAACAUUUAGACGCGUGAUGUUAAGUGGAUUAAUAGAUACAGCCAAUCGAAACUAUGGAAAACACUGUAAUAUUCAAACUACACGAGUAAUUAGGCAUAUACCUAUUCAUGAUCACGAUGAGCAUUCAAAAGCUAUAACGGAACCUUUUGUUCUGGACAAAACGAAUAGAAAACUUUUGUUUAAAAAAAGAAGUACAAUAGCUAGUUACUCAAAUGCUUUUGAAAAUCAAAUUAGUGAUGAUAUUAGGAAUCAAAUGUCAUCAGUUAGUUUGAAAAGAAGAAAAAAUCCAAUGCUCGUUUCUAAACCCAGUGAAGGAAGUAUGCAAUGUUCUAAAAAAUCAUAUACAAAUCGUUUGCAAAUCAAAGAAAUAGUUAAUUGGAUUAGUUCAAAGUCAAAUGUGCAUGAAUGCCGUACGAGACCUCAAGGUUUGAGUUCAUCUUAUGACUCAUCUUCAGAUGUAGGCUCACUAGUACGACAAGCAGCAAAUUUACAUCAAUCAUACUGCAGAGGUUCCAAAAAGAGUAGAACUGGAAUGUCUUAUACAUUUAAGAAAACUAAAAAACGAAUGGGUCGUCAUCUAAAUAAGUAUGUUUUUCGAAAAGGAAGAAAAAAGGAUAAGAGUACUGAAGAUUCUCAAGGAAGCUAUUUAAGCCGUCGAGAUUCUUUAGAUGACGGAGAUCACCCUCAUCAAUCAGAAUUUGUCGUUUUAAAAGAAAGAAAAUUAGUACAAAUUAAACAGUUAAGAGUGGGAAUUCAGCGGUUUUCAAUAAUGAUGGAAAUGUGUGGACCAGGAUCUGUCCCAGAUGCAAAUUUCAUAUCUGCAGCAUUUGAUUUGCCAAAUACACCAGUCUUGGCUAGAGCAGCUUUUCUUUUGGAAUGUUGUCAUUUUGUCCAUGGCUGUAAUAAAGGUCAAUGGUCUACUUGGAUACGAAUGGUGAGACCUUCUGGUUUAAAUUUUAAACACUCAGUGAUUUCUGGAGCCAAAAAGUCCGUUGUUGUUCAACAUAACGCUGGAAAACUUUUUCGCCAAUGGGGAGAAAUUAUUGCCGCACGUUUGGAUGAAAUGAUUUCUGAAGACAAAAAACAAUUACCCCACAUUUUAUCGUGCAUUUCUGACGAAGCUAAUCAACGAGAAUUACAAAAUGAAGAUGAGGAAGAAGAUUUUUUGGAUGAAACAUCUGGAAUUUCUCGGAUGUUCAGUUGUCCGAUGGUCCUACGGUUAAUUGCAUGUAUGUUAUUUUUGGAAAUAACUUCCUUUUUACGAGAAACGUACAGAAGUUUACCAAAAACUCGGCCAUCGAAUCCUUACACAACAUUACCGGUCGCAUCAAAUGCUUGGGAAAGGGAAAGGCAAUCUCAUAGUAGAGAAGGACGACGAUGGUCGAUGGCUUUAUCGUCGAUGGGUCAUUCACAAGCUUCUGCUCAAAGUUUACAAUCGAUUUCUGGUGAAAAGGAUCAAGCUCCCGUUGAUAAAGGGAAAACAUGUUUGAAGCGAAACGAUUGUGAAUCCGGUCAGUCAAAUGAAAAUUCUAAUUCAAAUGUUCAUUUUAAUCAGUGGGACGAAACGAGUUCAGCAAACACGGAUGAUAAAAGAAACAAAGGGGCGAGUCAAUCUACUGUCCAUCCAUUGUCACAAAGGAAGAGCAUGGCGGGGUCCAUUAAAAGAUAUAGUUUGAAAUUACGAAGAAAUACUAAAGAAGGAAUAAAAGAAAUUAUGUCUUCCGAUGGUGAUUAUCGAAGCGAUACUUCAGACGGUUGUGCUCCAGUAAUACCUGGUGAAAUUAGUGGUGAAGAUGAAUCGGGAGCCAUGAUGAGUGAUGAUCAUGGGCCAACCAGCCCGUGUGAAAGUAAUGAAACCGAUGAUACAACAUAUUUUAUGCCAUGGUUAAAAACUGUAAUUCAAAUAAAUAAGUCAUUUGAUCAUAGUUGCUCUCAUCAGUCAUUUUGUCAUCCAUUUUGUUAUAAAAGACAGAUGCGAUCUUGUUCAAGACUUAUUAAAGCCAUCAGAAAGUUAUACGGUGAAGAAUUUGGCUUGAUGGCUUCCUUAGAAGGCAGUGGGUAUUUUGAAGAAUUUAAUACGAUAACAAAAAUCGAUGCUAAAAGAAACUUACAAUUAUCGAGCUGUCAAUCUUCUCCGAAUAAAAGAAAAGAUAGUCUUGGAAAAAUAGAAAAUUCUAAUUUAAUUUACAAUCUUGAGAAAAGUUUAUCAUGCACUAAAAAAUUACUGUUAAAAUCUGACUCUAAGGUUCAUGAAAAAAAUGAUAGUAAAAACCCCAACGAAGAUCAGAACGAUCCUCCAAUAAUUUUAAAAUACAUAAAAAAUCAAGUACACGACAUUUUCCAUUGUUCAAUGGCCUUAUUGAUAAAAGCAGCUGUUGUAUUAACGGAGGAACAAGUAUUGGAUAUCUUACCAAUUGCAUGGGAAUUUUUACUAGACUCUAAUCAAGAAUUAGUGGCAUCAUCUUCGACUUUAUUCAUAAUAGCAGCGUUUAAAGCUCCUCAAAAAUGCAUUGAACUAAUUAGCAGCAGUUUAACUAAUAAAGAUUCUAUAGUUAGAGCAAAUGCAAUUUUAAAAUUUCAUAUUUUAUGGAAAAACCGAUUUCAACCAUGGCCUCGGAUGGAAGAAGGAGCACAUAAUUCAUUUAGAAUACCACCACCAGGAAUUGAAUUUACUUUAACUUCACCGAAAAUUGGAAUAGAAUGUUUACCUAUCGUCGAUCCUCCUUGGAUGCCUCAAGUGGAAACCAAAGUAGAAGAAGUGACAAUUGGUCAGGAUACACAUAGAUCGUUAGUAACAGCUACUAAAACACGGAAAAAACAGCAAACAGAACUUAUUAAAUUGGCUUUAGAAGCUAAGGAAGACCAAAGAAGAAAUGAACGAGAAAGUUUUCUCAUCACAGCAAUUCCUAUUAAUAGUCAAGCAGCACACGAGUCAAGCAUGCAUCAUGGUUUAUCUGAUCCAGAAUACGAAGAAGGCGUCGAAGUUGAUGAACAUGAAAAUCAAUUACGUGUUGUGGCAGCACAUCAUUUAGUUCAAUCUGUAACCGUGUUAUUUCCAUCUGCUCUUUGUUCUGCAGUUAUCGAUAUCAUAACAUUAUUGAAUGAUCCUGCUGUUACAGCAGAUGGUAAUUCAGUGUGUGAAACAGCGUAUCAGGUCAUAUGGGACUGUCUGGUGGAAGAUUGCAAUUUAUUUUUACGUUUUGUAUUGGAAAGACUAACCAGGGACAAUCAAGAAAAAAUGUUUAAGUUGUUACGUCAUUUAAUACGAUUUGUACCAAAACUACCCCACCAAGCUGCGUUUAUUUUGUAUAACUACAUAAUUGGUUAUGUAAUGUUUUAUGUGAGAUCGCCACAUGAAGAAGGCCAAAUUAUGAUUGGUUCGGCUUUAUCCAUUUUAUGGAUGGUUGUACAUAGUGUACAUGGUAUAAUGUUCAAAGAUCUAAAACAAAUACUUCGAAAAGAACAAUGUGAUGGUUCAAUUUUGCUUACAGCUAAUGUCCCUUCUACUAAGAAAGUUGUUGUGCAUGGUCCUCAAGAACAAAUGUCUGGAGGUAUUCCAUCACAAUUUCCUGUGCAAGAAGAUACACAGUUUUUCCAAAUUUUAAAAGAAUCCUUAGAUUUCUUUGGGAUACCUGAAGAACGACACAAAGAGUUUUUCCUAGUUAAUAUUAAAACUCGUCAAAUUCACAAUCCUACUUCUUAUGUAAGAGAUUAUUAUUUUUUCAAGAGAUCACAGUAUCCUCAGCUAGAAUUAAUUCAAAUGGAUCUUACUGAAGCCUUUAAUCAGUUGCAAAGUCAGGAGCUUAUACAUAAAUUUAUAGAAAUAGGAAAAGUACUUCUCACUUGGGCGAUUUUAAAAAAUGUUGAUAUGGUCGUGCAAAGAGUGGUAUUUUUACACGAAGAAUUAAUUAAACUGCCUUCAUUUCCUAGAAAAGCAUUAGACGCAGAUCUCGAUUUAUAUCAAGGUGGUAACAUGGGAAAGGAAUUAUUAGGAUUGGAUUUAUUACACAAGUUUAUUUGGGUUCGAUUACUUGCCCGGAUGUUCGAAGCAAUGGCUGGAAACUUUGCUUAUUCGGGUGACAUUCAUUUGUUUUUGAACGUAUUAAAUGGAGCGGUGACAUUACACAGCGAAGAUUCCUGCGUAUUACGUUAUGUAAUGGCUACAUACAUAAACGCUGCUCGUAAUUUCAAAAAUAUAUUUUCAAGCAACGGGUAUCUUUUGAUCAUUCCCACGCUACUACAACUAUACGCAAGUCACCAUACAAAUAAAAUUGUUACUCGAUCAAUUGAAUAUACUAUUAAGCAGUUUUACUUGAUGAAUCGUAAGCCAUUCAUAUUACAAAUGUUUGGCAGUGCAUCUAGUAUACUAGACCUAGACGAUGCAACAAAUGUAGAGGAUUCAAGUCGCGUCGAAGCUAAUUACUUUUUUAAAUUGAUAUUGAGCUUGGAAACUGCGUCUCCCGAUCCUAUUCAUAUUAGUGAAUUAAUAAAAGAAGAAAAGCCGUUACAAGCGGUUGAUUUUUGUUAUCAAGACGAAGAUGAUACUAUCACAAUACAGGAUUGCAUAUCUUUAUGCGUAAUGGUUAUAGCAUUUUCACCUGAAACUUUACGCUCAUAUCAAAUGCUCCUUAUUUUGGAAGCCAUUUUACCAUGUUAUUUGAAACACAUCCAGCAACCAAUGUACCGAGAUAUUGAAAGAGAUGUAAUCGGUCAGUUAAUAAUUUCUAUAAAAACUUUAAUUAAUAACAGUGAAGCACUAUCAAAACAUUACAAUGGUCCACAAAAAACUAGCCAGGAACCAAAAGAUUCUAGUCAAAGAAAUUGUAGUAAAGGACUAUGUUCUCCGACUGGUGGCGGCGAAACAAAAGAUUUGGAAUCAAAUUCAAAAAUGUUUAGUGAGCGUAAAAUACAUAAACCCCCAUUUGAUAGAGAGUUUUUGGAAUUUGAGAUGCAAGUCGAGGAAAAAUAUGCGGCUUUAAGAAAUGAAUUUCGUCGAACUAGAGAUGUCUUGUUAUCAGUUGUCACAGAUUUUGUGGUAAUUUGCCAUGCUAGGCUUACCGAAUUAAGUCGAAAGUACCCUCAAGAAGGAAAACCUUUUGAAAUUCUAGAUACUCGGAUGCAAAUCAGAUUAGGUGAAGUUGCUCAUAGUUUAUUAAAAGUAUCGCCUUAUGAUCCAGAAACGAUGUCGUGUAAAGGACUACUUAAGUACAUGACAAAUAUUUUACCAAUAGUUGAUUGGGCAGCAGAAGCUCUACGUCCAACUCUCUUGGGAAUUCUUAGAAGACUUGACAAAACGUUUAAUAAAAUUUACAAAAAGCCAUCUAUCAGAAGGUACACUGAUUGGUAUGCUGCAGGGGAAUUAAUAAAAGGUGUUUAUGAAAUACUAUCAGAACAUCCAUUUAUCGUACAUAUUCCACACUUCAAAGCUCUUAUUUCUACUUGCCAAGGCAUCAUAGUUGGCGAUUCAGGGAGUACAGCUACUGCGGCAGUUGAUAAUUUCCAACAAUCUAUUAUACCAGUGGAAACACCGCCUCCGCAUUUUUGUGCUAUUGUCAUACGACUAUUGGCAUUACAUAUUUUGGCAAUAGGGGAUAAUUAUACGCUGGAACAGUCAGUCGGAGGAAUGCUUAACAUAAUGUCAUCACAAGUUAAAACUGAAAGCUUUCUAAUGAAUUUAUUUUUACCACUCUGUUUUAGAGUAGGUAUAGGAAAGAAAGACAUGCAUUGUAUGAGACCAUGUGAUAUCAAAUUUAUGUUGUCGGUCGUUUUAAAUUCAAUGAGCCCACCUGUAAAAACAACGUGUCUGACAUUUGUACAGCUUACAAAUGUAAAACAAACGUCUGAUUUGCGAACAAACUCGUAUACAUUUAAUAGAGAUUCAAAACCAGCUCCAACAGUGUCUAAAUCAUUUUUCAAAGUUUUAUUUUUAGCUCUGAAAAUAAUGCUUGUGUGUUUUGAAAGCGAAUUAGCUUUGCAAUAUCAACGUAUAGCGCAUACCGUUAAGGAGCUUAUGAGCGUGCAAGAUGCCAGGGCGUCCAUUUGGUCUUUUAUUGAGUUUAUCAUUAUUAACCGAUCUCCUCUCUUUAUUCUUCUUCAGCCUUUUAUUUUACAAAGAUUGGGAUUAAUGAAUGCGACCGAACAAGAAAUAACAUCACAAAAUUUGCUUAAGGAAAAGCUUACAGAGUAUACUGCCAUUACGCCGUUGUGUAGAAGUUCUCUUCUUGUUGAAUUAAUGAAUGAAAUGACUGAACUCAAACAAGAAUUAGAUGAUCGAUUGGAUGAGCAACGAAUAAGAUCUAGUAAUGGUUUGCGAAAUUCGUGUGAAACUCAACACCGACCAUCUAUUAUAAAUUUGCUUCCCGGAAACUCAAACCCCUCAUACAGCGUAUGUACCAUAAAUACGCACAGAGAAUCAAUAUCUAGUGUACGAAGUAACUUGAGUAGUCAAGAAAGUUCCGUUAAAAAUUUGGGGAGCAUGCAAAGAGAUUCAAAGAAUGCAGAUGGAGACUCAACUGAUACACCCCUCAAACACAAUGAGCCCCGUUUACAACGAUCAAGAGCACAGAGUCGAAAAAUUUUUAGAUUCCGUCAAAGUCGUCGUAUGGAGGUGAUCCAGCAGGGCGUAAAGUCACAGCAGCAGCAGACUUAUGACGACAUGGACAAGGGACAAAUGAUGCCCAGCAACUGCAUAUGUGAAUGUCUGAGUACGAGAGCGACUCCCCAGGACGAAAGCCGGGCCCCAUUGCCCAAACCCGAGAUGAUAUGGGAGGAGGAUAGCCACAGCGCACCGUCGCGGACGUCCAGCACGUCGGGUUACCGCGAAAACUGCAGCUUGUUGAUGAUGCCGAUGGGCAGCUCUGACGAGCGGUCGUCAUCACCGGUCCACUUGAACCAUCAUCACAACUGUCUAACAGCCAGUUGUUCUACUAUAAUGCCGGCUGAUAGUCCUGGCUCAGUGGCGACCGCUGCCGGUUGCAGUGACCGAGAGAUGAGUGGCAACGACGAUGUCGGCAGUCAGCAGACGAUUGUCACCUAUGAACACGAAGACACGCUACUCUGAAUCGUCGCUGACUAAAACACUUUGCACAACUACGACGACAAUUACAACGGUGAUUUCAAAAGUGCCUGCUUGUAAAUAUAACACAGUCAUAGGCGUAAACUAAUUAUUAUCAUAUAUAUAUAUAUAUAUACUAAAAGACUUGCCAAAGCUAAAUAUGAGUGAAGUCUGCAAUCGACAUGGUUGUUUGUUACACGCGACUAUGCUAUAGUAAUUUACCUCGACUAUUUAAAAUAUUCAAUUAAAAACCUUAGCUGAUUUCGUAGUCUUUUUCUAUAUUAUCUAUGCGUAUAUUAAGUAUAAUUUUAUGAUUGUAAUAUGCUCAUUCAGUGGCAGCUAAGUCUAAAAAAUAUUAAAUUUGUAUGCAGUACACAAAUUGCACAAGCUGUAACAAAAAUCACAUUUAACUUUUUAAUUAUUUGUAAUUGUACAUAUUAUAUUUUAAUCUAUCAUUAGCCCCCAUCUACAAAAUUGGAAAGUGAAGUGUAUCAUAGCUCAUACUCUUUAGCCAUGAAUGUGUACUAGCGUAUAACGAUAAAAAAUAAUAUGUAUUUUAUACUGUUACGUAUUACACUAUAUUAUGAAUCGUAUCCUAUAGACACAAUGGUCAAAGACAUGUCUUGGAGAUAUAUGAUUGAGACAGAAUAUUAUCUAAUUUUAGUUAUAUAUUAUGAUACAAUGUCAGUGGUGUUUUUCAUAUUUUUGUAAAGGCCAAAAAUUGUUAUCUUCAAAAAAAAUUCGAAUAUUGUCUUAAAUGUAACUUUCUCAUAUUUAUAUAUUAUAAGGGUAAGUUUCUCUAA